CGUAGGUCAUUUCUACCUACGCAGGGGCGAUUGGAAUCCAUCGUGAAUCAGCACCGUCCAAACUCACUUGAGGGGUGAUCAAUCACAUCCACCACGAUGUCGGAACUACCCUCCCCCAACCCCAAAGAGAUCCUCGUGCACGAGUCCUCACUAGAAGCCGGAUCCUCCUCACACCAAGGCAGCACCGAACAAGACGAAAAGCUGAAAGCACCAUGGUGGUCCUACAUCUGGGACUACGAGCCCGGGCGAUCGCACGAAGAGCGGGUGUUCAUCCAAAAACUCGACGUCUUCCUCAUCACGAUGCUCUCGCUCGGAUACUUCAUCAAGAACCUGGACCAGACCAACAUCUCGAACGCCUUUGUCAGCGGCAUGAAGGAAGACCUCGCCAUGAACGGCAACCAGAUCAACCUCGUCGACACCGCCUGGACCGUCGGCUACGUCGUCGGCCAGAUCCCCUCGCAGAUCAUCCUGACCAAGGUCAGACCCUCCGUCUGGGUCCCGGCCUGCGAGCUCGUUUGGACCGUCCUCACGUUCUGCCUUGCUGCGGCGAAGACCUCGAAUCACGUCAUCACGAUCCGGUUUUUCGUCGGCCUGGCCGAGUCCAUUUUCUACCCGGCUGCGCACACUAUUCUCGGGUCCUGGUAUAAGCCGUCGGAGUUAGGAAAACGCGCUUGUAUCUUCCACGCUUCUUCCGCUGCGGCUGGCAUGUUCUCGGGAUAUCUCCAGGCGGGUGUUUACCGGGGGUUGAAUGGUGUUAGCGGGUUUGCUGGGUGGCAGUGGCUUUUUAUUAUGGAUGGGAUUAUCAGUCUUCCGAUUUGCAUCGCGGGAUUCUUCAUAUUACCCGAUCUCCCCGAAAACACGAGGGCGUUCUAUUUGAAUGAGAAGGACCGUGCUAUGGCGAAGGAGCGUAUGGCCAAGGUCGGGCGUGCGCCUCGCACGAGACUAGGGCUCUCUGCGUUCAAACGGAUUUUCGGCAGAUGGCACGUAUAUCUUCUCACGAUUUUAUACAUAAUAUUCAUCAAUAUUGGCCCGUCUUCAAGUGUUAAUCCUUUCGCCCUAUGGCUUAAAGCCAAGGGAGAGUCCGUUGAACGAAUAAACCUCAUUCCGACAGCUUCAGCAGCCAUCCAGCUCGUCCUUACAGUUACUUUCGCCAUCGUCUCCGAUGCGAUCCGUCGUCGCGCUUCGAUCAUGUCUAUAUCUACCUUCCUCGGGGGCUUUUCGGUUCUUCUCCUGGCCAUCUGGAACAUCCCCGAUGGACUGAAAUGGUUCGCAUUCUUACUUCAGCGUGCGUCGGUGCCGUAUGGGCCACUUAGCAUGAGUUGGGCGAACGAGAUAUGUGGUUCGGAUGCUGAGGAGCGAGCGAUUGUGAUUGGAAUCAUGAACUCCAUGGGCUACGCAUUUAACGCUUGGGUGCCGAUACUCACAUUCCCGCAAGUGGAUUCGCCAACGUUUAGGAAGGGUUUCGUUUUCUCGACGGUUGCGUUCGGCGCUCAGGCGAUUAUCACGGCGGUAGUGGCGUUCAUGUACAAGAGAGAUCAGAAAAAGGGGAAGGUUCAUGGUAAUGAUGCCCCUGAAAUUGGGGACGAGGAUGGUGUCAUUGCACCUUGAUAUAUAGGUACUUUCAAAGUUCUGCUUAAGAUACCCAGAAACGAUGUUUAAAUGAACAUAUCUAUACCUAAUCCCUAGUUAGUCACGUUCUAUAAGUGAACUUACUAUUUGAUAC